CAAGAAAUCAUCCUGCAGGGAACGCGUUAUAAAUUGAUGUCCCAAGUCUCAACCAGUUAGCAGUUCUCACCAGUUAUCCAACAUUCAGCCAUUAGGGAAAAUUUAGGUUAAAACUUUAAUUUCUUCUUAGUGCCAUAUGGAGCAUUCAAAUGUUUCAAUUCAAGCUUUAGUUAAAGAGAUAACGGAAGAGAUGUUGUCUGACAUCGAUCCUUACUCAUUUGUUUCACCCUCAGCUUAUGACACUGCCUGGUUGGCCAUGAUUCCCAACCUGCAGCCAUGUCCAGUAGUACCCAUGUUCAAGGAUUGUUUAGAUUGGGUGCUCAAAAACCAGACAGAAGAAGGGUAUUGGGGAGAGUGUGACGCCCAUGGCAAUCCCACUAUCGAGUCUCUUCCUGCUACUUUGGCUUGUGUAAUUGCACUCAAAAAGUGGAAUGUUGGGAUAGAAAAUGCACAGAGAGGGUUGGCAUUUAUUCGAGCAAACAUCGAGAAGCUCCUAGGAGAAAAUCCCAACCAGUUCCCUCGUUGGUUUGCCAUUGUUUUCCCUGGAAUGAUUGAAUUUGCACGUAAAAUUGGCCUAGAGCUCGACUUUCCAAACCGUUCAAAAGGGUUGUUGAUGGACAUAUUCUUUGAACGACAAGAGAUCCUUGAAACUGAGGAACUUACCGCUGGUUCGUAUCGUCCCUUAUUAUCAUAUGUCGAAGCGUUGCCUUCAUUUUAUGCCAUUAAUCAAGAAGACAUAACCAUGCACUUACGUGAUGACGGCUCUCUAUUCCAAUCCCCUUCUGCAACUGCACGUGCAUUCAUGGCCACUGGGAAGAAGGAGUGUUUAGCUUACCUACAAUCUCUAGUUCGAACCUGUACUAAUGGAGUUCCAUCGACAUAUCCAAUGGAUGAAGAGCUAAUAAAACUUGGUUUGGCCAAUCAAAUUCAAAGGCUGGGGUUGGCUGAACAAUUCGGCCAGCAGAUUGAAGACAUUUUGACUCAAGCUUACUGGAAUUACAACAACCAGGCAUCAUCUGAAAAACCAAGUCGUAGUGCUUCAGUUGCAACCCAACUGCACAAAGACUCUUUGGCAUUUCGACUUCUUCGCAUGCAUGGUUAUGACAUAUCGCCUUGGAGCUUUUGUUGGUUCUUGAAUAAUCAAGAAAUUCUAGAUCAUAUAGAAAAAAAUCAUGAAUAUUUCUCAAGCGUAUUGCUUAAUGUGUAUAGAGCCACGGAUCUUAUGUUUCCUGGAGAAUAUGAACUUGAGGAGGCAAGAUCAUUUUCUAGGAGAAUACUAGAGAAAGCUGUACCCAAGGGAACCGGAGAUGAUGAUCACUUCACAAAAUCCUUCAACCUUCAAAGAAUGAUCGAGCACGAGUUGAGUCUUCCGUGGGUUGCUCGAUUGGAUCACUUGGAACACAGGGCGUGGAUUGAAGAGAAAGAUAUGAAUGCUUUGUGGGCAGGAAAAACCUCCUUUCAUAGGUUAUCAAGCCUUAAAAACGAAAAGUUUGUGCAACUUGCUGUGGCGGAUUAUGAGUUUAGGCAGUCAAUUUACAAGAAUGAAAUAGCUGAAUUGAAAAGUUGGUGCCUGAAAUGGGGUCUUAGUGAUAUGGGAUUUGGUCGAGAGAAAACUAUGUAUUGCUACUUUGCCGUCUCUGCCAGCAUUUCACUGCCUUAUGACUCCGAUAUUCGAAUGAUGAUAGCAAAAAGCGCUAUAUUAAUUACGGUUGCAGAUGACUUUUUUGACAUGGAAGCUUCUCUGAAUGAGCUGAACAUCCUUACUGAUGCAGUUAGACGAUGGGAUGCUGCAGGAUUAAGUGGUCACAGUAAGGCCAUCUUUGAUGGCCUUGAUAAUCUUGUGAAAGAAACGGCAGGAAAACAUCUUCAACAGCAUGGAACCGAUAUAACAAGUUAUCUACAGAAAAUAUGGUGUGAAACGUUUGCUUCAUGGCUUGUGGAAGCAACAUGGAGCAAAAGUGGAUACUUGCCAUCAAUGGAUGAAUACCUUGGAACUGGCAUGACAUCUAUUGCUGCACAUACCUUGGUUCUUCCAGCUUCAUGCCGCUUGAAAUCAAGCUUACCAAAUUCCAAAAUCAACCCUGCAGCCGAAUACGAGACAGUAACCAAACUGGUCAUGCUUAUACCUCGUUUAUUGAAUGACAUACAAAGCUACCAGAAGGAAAUAGAAGAUGGGAAAAUGAACUAUGUGUUACUUUACAUGAAAGAAAACCCAGAUGCAGACAUUGAUGAUUCAAUUGCCUUUGUGAGAGACUUACUCGAAAAAAAGAGGAAAGAAUUGCUCAAACAUGCUCUAAUGGAUGGCUUCUGUGAUUUGCCUGUAGCAUCCAGGCGUCUUCACUUAUCAUGCAUGAAAGUAUUUCAAAUGUUCUUUAACUCCAGCAACAGAUAUGAUUCCAACACAGAGAUGCUUCAAGACAUCCAAAAGGCAAUCUACAUUCCUCUAGAUGUUGGAACAUCGAAGCCAUUGAUGCCUCUUUCCUCUGACUCUGGCUCAAAGAAGGGAUUUCAAACUAUAACUUCUCAUCUAAAUUUUCGGCCUCUCAAAUAUCACAACAAGAGAAUCAUAGGAUGCCAAACUUCUUUGCCCAUUGGAAGGCCUGGAUAUGCUAUUAAGUAUAUCACUCCAAACUUUAGAUUGUCUUUCGCCUAG